AAACUAGCCGCAGCUUAGCAACUUAGCAACUCACUUACCAGCUUUAUAUAACCAAGAAAUAAACAAUCUCAAUAAAUAAACAAUCCAAAAGACAAAAAGAAAACAGACAAUAGAUAAAAUGGCAAACACACACACCUCUGACAAGCCCAUGAUCAACAUCAUCUACCAAGUCGAAAAAGAAGACAACAACAUCCACUCGAGCAUCCACAUCAAGGAAUUCCCCUCUCCGGGCGAGAUCCUCGACGCACUAGCCGCCGACCCCACUCACAACGACGCGGCCGACGAGCCCUUUAGGAACAUCUUCUGGGACCCGCCCAGCGCGCCGCGGGUUAUUGAACCGGAGCAGGGGGACGACCGUGGCGACAACAAAAACCACCAUACUAGUACCCACAAGUCGAGUAAGUCGAGCAGCAAGCCAGAACGGACGCCUGAGAUUGACCCGGUAGCCAAGGCCGCAAUGCAGAAGCGCAGCCGGCGCAGGAACCUCUUUGGCGCGAGCCCGUCUACAUCUGAUGACGACGGGUCCGGGCACUGGACCAAGAUUGUCGCAAACCAGGACGGCACGGAGAAAAUGUACCGGACCUGUCCGGCGGACGAUGCGGGGUCGGGGUAUAUUUCCUUUUCAGCAAGUGAGUCUGCCUCCGGGUCCAGUUCCUCUGGAUCAUCCAAAUCUCAUUCUCAUAACCAUUCUUGUAACCAUCAUAAAGACCCGCAAAAGGCAACAAAGACAAAGACGUGCAUCGACACACACACGACUGCGAAGCUGAAAGACGAUACCAGCAGCUCCGGUAGACGAACUCAGAUGCACUUGCUGCGUAUCCAGGAGCGCGAACAUACCCGCGACGGCAACGGCAUGGGCGUGAUGCCCACGGUGAUCACACCGCUGCGGAAAGACCGCAAGGUAGUGAUUGUGUCUGGCGGAGUGGAGAUCCAUGCGUCGCUCGGAGCGGACGGGAUGCCCGUGGUCUCGUCGGACUCGGUGCGCGAGUAUGUGCGUGGUGAGUACCGGCAUACCAGAAAGACGAGCGGCCUGUCGAUUUUUGUAGAGGAGAAGAAGCUGACGGAAGUUGCGGCUCGGAAUAGGCGCAAGGGACGUAGUACUCCUACUGCUACUUUUACUUCUUUGCGGGAUUCGGGAGUCAGACGCAGCAUGGCGCCGCGUCCUAACUCUAGGCAUGGCAAGAACAAGCGUGAUGAGCCAGAAAUCGAAGAGCCAGAGGAUUUCGAUACAGCCAGAGCGGAGUUUUCUGAUGACGACGACCUUGAAAUUGUGGAAAUUGAAGAGGCACCGGCCCCGCCAGCGCCAGGACAACAACAGCGACAACAGCAGGGGCAGCAGCAGCAAGGGCAGCAAGCGCAACGUGCUGCACAUGAGAGCGAACAUGGCGGACGCAGAGUCCAUAUCUGUAAGUUGUGUCGCCAAUCAUGCCAUGGGCAUUGCCCUGCGCGAGUCGAGCGACGUGCUGAAAGACAUCAUCAGGGCCUUAGCCAUCGUGACCGCCCCUCUACUAGGGGAUCGAAGCAUGAGAAUCGACACCGCAGGGGAUUUGAAGCCGAUGGUAGUCGCUCACGCAAGACGGCCCUUCCGGCAUCGAUUAAUCCCUUGAAAGUCCUUUUCUCGAGCAGCGGUAGAGAGGAGCUUAGAGAGCAAAUCCAAAAGGAGCGUGAGCGGAAAGAGCGCAAGUAGGGUGAUCAACACUCGUGAACGACAAUGCAUAAGCCCAGCCGAGAAUAAGUUGUAAGUGUGGAAUUGACCGCUUGAUUUGCUUGUUGAACCAUUAGUUUGGAUAUUUCAGAUUCGACCUUAAUAAUCUCGUUAGUACACAGCGAUAAUAGACUUGCUUUUCUGGAAAUUUUUUCCUGUAUGAGUUGAUGGAGGACAUAUAAUGAUAAUAACC